AUGAGGACGGGUACUCUGGUUGUUUUAUUGUUUUUUUGUAGCUGUACUUAUGCUGUUGAGCAUGACUCACUCUGUCUCGAUGACGAUGAGUCAUGCCCCGAACCAACACAUACUAUUAUACGGUUAGAAAAAAGAGAUGAUGUAUUAGCGCGGAAAAUAGCCGAAGAUCAUGGAAUGCAUGUUCGAGGGGAUCCUUUCCUGGAUAGUCAUUAUUUCUUAUAUCACAAAGAUGAAACAUUGUCUCGGCGUCGAAAACGUUCAGUUCAUCAACGUUUAGAGGAACACCCUGCUGUGGCGUGGUCACAGGAACAAAGACCUAAACGAAGAACCAAAAGAGAUUAUGUUUUUAAUGAUGAUGAGGUGUCUAGCCACACAAUUGAUAAGAGGGAAACUUUGGAUGGAACAACAAGCUCUACGAAAAGAAGAAGACAAUCCGAGCCUGUCCGCGAAAUUCCUCAAUUACCUUUUCGUGAUCCCUUGUACAAAGAUCAGUGGUACUUGACUGGUAAUGCUAUGGAUGGGUUUGACAUGAAUGUGCGGGAAGCCUGGCUUAUGGGAUAUGCUGGGAGGAACGUUUCUAUUUCAAUUCUCGAUGAUGGUAUUCAACGUGAUCAUCCUGACUUAAGGGAUAAUUAUGAUCCUUUGGCCAGUACAGAUAUUAAUGAUCAUGAUGAUGAUCCAACGCCUCAAAACAAUGGAGAUAAUAAACACGGAACUCGUUGUGCUGGUGAAGUAGCUGCUAUAGCAAACAAUGAUCAAUGUGGUGUUGGUGUUGCAUUCAAAGCGAAAAUUGGAGGGGUACGUAUGCUCGAUGGAGCUGUGUCUGAUUCAGUCGAAGCCGCUUCCUUGUCUUUGAAUCAAGAUCAUAUUGAUAUUUACUCAGCAAGUUGGGGACCUGAAGACGAUGGAAAAACGUUUGACGGACCUGGACCUUUGGCUAGAGAAGCAUUUUAUCGUGGUAUCAAAAAUGGUAGAGGAGGAAAAGGAAACAUAUUCGUUUGGGCUAGUGGAAAUGGAGGAUCUAGGCAAGACUCUUGUUCUGCCGAUGGCUAUACAACAUCAGUUUACACUUUAUCAAUUUCUUCGGCUACCUACGAUAAUCGUCGUCCAUGGUACCUUGAAGAAUGCCCUUCCUCUAUUGCUACAACGUAUAGUUCAGCUAAUAUCAAUCAACCAGCCAUAGUCACUGUUGAUGUACCUCAUGGAUGUACUAAACAACAUACAGGCACUAGUGCCUCCGCUCCUUUAGCGGCAGGAAUUAUUGCUUUGGCUUUAGAAGCUAAGCCUGAUCUGACUUGGAGAGAUAUGCAACAUAUCGUAUUGAGAACAGCAAACCCCAAACCUCUACUGAAAAAUCCUGGCUGGUCCAAAAACGGUGUUGGUCGUAUGAUCAGCAAUAAGUUCGGAUAUGGACUUAUGGAUGGUACUUCACUUGUGAAGCUCGCUAAAGUUUGGAAAGCUGUUCCUGAGCAACACAUAUGUACAUAUGAAUACAAACUGGCUGCUCCUAAUCCUAGACCUAUCGAAGGAAGAUUCCAGAUGAACUUCACUUUAGAGGUUAAUGGCUGUGAAUCAGGCACUCCUGUACUCUAUUUGGAACACGUUCAAGUGCACGCGACAGUUCGAUAUUCCAAACGUGGUGAUUUGAAGUUGACCGUAUUUUCACCAUCGGGAACUCGUUCAGUUCUUUUGCCUCCUAGACCACAAGAUUUCAACAGCAACGGUUUCCACAAGUGGCCCUUCCUUUCAGUUCAACAAUGGGGAGAAGAUCCCAGAGGAACUUGGAUUUUGAUGGUUGAAAGUGUAACAAACAAUCCUUCAGCUACAGGCACUUUCCAUGAUUGGACUCUUUUACUUUAUGGUACUGCUGAGCCUGCCCAACCAGAAGAUCCUAUCCAUCCCCCAUCUCCUGGAACCCAAUCAGUAUUAGGACGAGUCCAGCAACUCACUAGCCAGACGGAGGAAACAGAAUCUAUUGCUUUCGGAGAUUUAACUUCAGUCGGAGAUUGUCAUGAGCUAUGUGAUGGUUGUACCGAGCCAAGGUCCGCUACAUCUUGCAUUAGAUGCAAAGGAUUAACGCAAACGUUACGUAACAAGGGCGGAAGUGGUUUCAAAUGUGUUAAUCAUUGUGAUGACACGUACUUCUUGGAUGGAAACAUGUGCAAGAUGUGCUCCUCGCAUUGUCAUACAUGUACAGAAGCUGAGGUGUGUGCGACAUGUCCCGGAUCUCAGUUGCUUGUGGAUGCUAAAGAAGUCGGGUUACAUGGAAAAUGCGUUGAUAAGUGCCCUGGCAAUCUUGUGACAGAUUACGAGUCCAAUCUGUUGCAAGCUCGCUGUGUUACUGUAGCAGAAAAAUGUGGAGCUGGCUAUUACAUUGAUGUUCUCGGAAAGUGUAGUCCUUGCGAUGAAGCUUGUCAAACAUGCCAUGGACCUGGUUCUUUGAGUUGCGACUCAUGCUCUUCCGGAUAUGGAAAUCGUUCAACUUCAUACUGCCGCCCCUGUUGCGUGAACGGACAAGAACCUGGUAGAGAACGUUGUGAAGAUUGCUCGCCUAAUGCUAAAUAUCCUGACCGCCAUCGUUCAUCGCGCUCUAUGUUUUGGACUUUGGUAUGGUCUGUGAUCAUUGUAGCUAUCUUAAUUAUUGUAUAUGGGGUGGUGCAAUGCUUCAUACGUGAAGAUCGGCAACAAAUAGAUUAUACACCAUUGCCUCAUUACAAUAGUGCUUCUGACAAAGUGAAACUGUUAGGAGAGGAAUCAUCUGACGAUGAAGAACUCUACGAACUUAAUCCUAAAACCGAAGUUUGA